AUGUUCGACGGCCCGCCUGCCACACACAGCGAGGCCCUCGCCCAGAUAUACGCAAGGUACGACGCUGCCAUCAGCUCAGGUGACUUUGUUCCUUUUGUCUAUCCUUGGGCCAGCUUCGGCGCCCUCUUCUGCUUCGUCUAUCUGCUUGUUCCGCACUGCCACUCUCCGUUCCUCAGGAGCCUCAGAUACCCGGUGUGGGCUCUCAACGCAUACUGGUCAAUCCAUUCUGUUCUCUACACCCGUGCCCGCAACAUAGCCCCUGCCUUUGGCGUCGGCUUGAUAUCCUCCUGGUCGCUGCUCUGGACCUUCACUCUGCUGGUCGCACACGAUGCCCAGACCGAUUUCGCCAGGAUCGAGCGCACCGAGGGCGCCAGCGCCAGCCUCCGCAGCAACGGGUCCGCAGUAUCAAACGGCACUACAGUCAAAGACAAGCCACAGUCCGACUCCCUGACCGUUUCGACCAUCAAGGACGUCGACAUCGCCGCCGAGCGGAGACGACUCGGCACCACCGCCGGCCCUAGCCAGCGCAGAGGCACCUUCGCCUGGCAGCACUUCCCGCUCUCGCCCUUCAUCGAGCGUUUGGACUGGGUCGCCGAUGUCUUCUGCAACUUCCGGGGCAUGGGCUGGAACUGGCGCAUCGCCGGACUCGCCCCGCCACCGCGCUGGGUGCAGGAGCAGCUGCACUCCAACUCGGGCACUCCCAUCUCCUCCAAGCCGGACACGCACCGCGGCACCGACGGGACACGCCAGCCGCAAACAAGCGGCGAGGCGCUCCGUGCCGGCUGGACCACCCUCCUCAAGGGCUACCUGCUUCUAGAUCUAUUCAAAAUCAUCGUACUGCACGACCCCUACUUCUGGGGCGUCGUCGAUGCCCCCGCGCCCGCCAUCUUCCCCGACUUCAUCCGCGCCUCUCCCGCGCUGACCCGCAUCUACCGGCUCAUCAUCACCCUCAACGCCAUCAAAUGGGCCCUCACCGCAAUCUUCGCCCUCGCCCCCAUCUUCUUCAUCGGCCUCCUGGGGCCCCGCGUCAUCGGCGCCCGCGCCUGCGCCUGGAUGUACCCGGACACCUUCGGCGCCUUCACCCCCACCGUCCUGGACAAGGGGCUGGCCGGCUGGUGGGGCGGCUGGUGGCACCAGACGUUCCGCUUCGCCUUCGAGGCGCCCUCGAAGCGCCUCAUCGCCCGCCUGCGCCUGCCGCCGCGCGGCCUCCCCGCCAAAGCGCUGCAGCUCGUGACCGCCUUCGCCCUCUCCGGCUGCCUGCACGCCGCCGGCAGCCACACCCAGGCCGGCCGCACCCACCCCCUCUCCGGCCCCUUCGCCUUCUUCGUCCUCCAGGCCGCCGGCAUCGUCGCCCAGCUGCUGCUCGUCCGCGCGCUGCGCGCCGUCGUCGCCGUCGACGAGACGCUGCCCCGCUGGGUGCGCCGCGCGGGCAACUUCGCCUUCGUCCACGUGUGGUUCUACUACACGGCGCCGCUGCUCGCCGACGACUUCGCCCGCGGCGGCAUCUGGCUGUUCGAGCCCGUGCCGCUGAGCCCGCUGCGCGCGCUGGGCUUCGGCGACGCCGACGCCCAUUGGAACUGCUGGCGCGCGAGGGAGGGCUCGGAUUGGCUGAGGUGGGUGGCCGGCCGGAGGUGGUGGGAGAGUGGGGUUGCCUUUUAA